AUGAUCAACAGUUCCCUAUUUAUAAAGGUGAAGACAGCUGCUGGGAUGAACAUCAGAAUUUGUUUCGGAACAAUGAUUAUCCCAGUACGUUGUUUUACAUGUGGAAAAGUAAUUGGCAAUAAAUGGGAGGCCUACCUCGGUUUAUUACAAGCAGAGUACACUGAAGGUGAUGCUCUAGACGCCCUGGGUUUAAAGAGAUAUUGCUGCAGACGCAUGCUGCUAGGCCACGUGGACCUCAUCGAGAAACUUUUGAAUUACGCGCCUCUGGAGAAAUAG